GCGGUAGAAAGUGCUUCCGGGUAAAUGCUCUUGGUACGUGCAUAUUCUAGCGAUCGCAGAAGAAAACUUUCAAUUGGCUAAAAAGAAAAGUGUCAAGCUGCCCAGUGGGAAAAUCCUGCAUGUGAAAAGCGGUCUUUAAUCGGGACAGUAAACUGGAAUUCGAUUCGAGAAUUUCUAUCGCAAGUCUGAUUGAAAGAUAAAAGAGACUGGAAUGUCUUCGGAUCGGUUUCACAAAGCCGCCAAAGAUGGGCUUUUGGAUGUGUUGUCGGCAGCCACAAGAAAGGACACGAAUGCCAAGGACAGUGAUUCCAUGACUCCGGUCAUGUGGGCAGCAUUUGAAGGACGUUUGGAUGCACUGCGAUUACUUUGUGGAAGGGGUGGUGAUCCUGACAAAUGCGAUCAAUUCGGAAACACAGCACUGCAUUUAGCCUCUGCCAAAGGUCAUUUGCAUUGCGUUGACUUUCUGGUAAAGUUUGGAGUAAAUAUUUAUGCAUUGGACAUCGAUAAGCACAGUGCCAAGGAUUUAGCGGCUAUAAAUGGCAGGGAUGAGAUCCUGCGUUAUUUGGAUGUGGCUUUUACAAACUUCGAGGCGAAUGAAAAAAAAAAGUCCAAGGCCCUGAAGGAGCUGGCGGAGAAGAACUGCGAUAAACGAGUGCGGGAGUACAUGAAGCGUCAGCAGCAGCAGCGCCAGGAUCCCGACUACGCCGACCUGGGUCCACCCAGCAACGGCACCACCAAAUCCAGCAACAUGCUGUCCACGCUCAAGCAGAAGAUCUGGUCCAGCCAGGGCAACCUGAACAAGCCGCCCAAGGAUCCGCCAGCUCAACCCGGACCCACAAAGUUCAGCGAUCUGGUGGGGAGCGGGAGCAGCAGCAGCGGGGGAUCCACGAUAGCCAGUCGAGCGGGAACGGUCCAGAAGAGGCCAUCCCAGGCGCACAAACAGCACAGCAGCACAUGUCCGCACUCCAAGAAUUCCGGCGACUCCGAUGGGGGUUUUAAAGUACGUGAAGUGGAACCCGAUGGCAAGCGAACGAUUACCUCGCUGACGGGCUUGCAACGCGACUCGGAAGUGAUGUAUGUGGGCACCUUCAGUUCCAACGAGGAUAGCAUCGGCAAGCGCGGCAAGAUCAGCGAUGUUUUCGAGUGCCUGGAGGCCGAUGAAACGGAUCACAAUGAUAAUCGCAGUGGGUACAGCUCCGCUUUGGCGAGGUCCUUCUCGCAACCGGACAUUCUGGGGGAUGGUCACUUGACCCAGGAGCUGAGUGAGGAGGUGACCCUCCAGCGACCCGUGGGGCUCUUCGACAGACCCACCAUGCUGGGCAGCAUAGCCUUCCGGCGAUCGGUGACCGCUGCUCUGAGCCAGCUGCAAUUGCACACGGACACCAGUUCCACGUCCACGAUGCGAAACGCGGGCAGCAAUCCACCGAAGUCAAGAAAUGGCGGAGGAAAGGGUCGUUUGUAUCUGAAUCUUUCGGAUGACACGGAUUCCGAGGGUGGUGGUCAGGACCUUUACAGCGACGAUGACGACGACGAUCGAGAGGCUGGCGGCAGUGCCCUGCAGCGAUUCCUGGCCGUCUGGGCUCUAGAAGAAUACCUACCAGUAUUCCAGAAGCAGGAGAUCGACCUGGAAACCCUGAUGCUGCUCACGGAGUCGGACCUCAAGUCCCUGGGUCUGCCGCUGGGUCCAUUCCGCAAGCUCACCUUUGCGAUCCAGGAGAGACGCAACGCCCUGGCGAAUCCCGGCCCAAUGGUGGAUAGUCGACUGUAGUUAAUCGUCUAUUUAUUCUAUUUUGUCGUAAUACUUUUACAUGUUCUAUUAGCCUAGUGUACAUACUAAAUUAAAGCCUAAAACUAUUAUCACCCCAA